CUCGCUUGAAUAGCCGUAGUUAAUGGCGACAUUGUAUCGUGGAAGAAAGUUUUCUGAUUAGUUGUAUUUUCUGCCAUUCAUUUGCGUCUUAAAACUUACGUUGUUUGGUUCGACUUUAUCAUUCUUUCGUACUCAACUUUUGUUUGAUAUAUCAUUUAUUUCUCGGAUUGUUUGAAACAUAUGCAAUAUGGUCUUCUACUUUACUAGUGAUGUCGUUUCACCUCCAGCUACAAUAUAUAUGGGAGUAGACAAACAUGAAAAUGAGGAUUUGAUUCGUUGGGGAUGGCCAGAAGAUAUAUGGUUUCAUGUGGAUGAUUUAUCAUCCGCUCAUGUGUACCUGAGAUUAGCAAAAGGAAAAACCAUAGAAGAUAUUCCACUGCCUUUAUUACAAGAUUGUGCUCAACUUGUUAAAGCUAAUAGUAUCAUGGGUAAUAAGAAAAACAAUAUAGAUGUAGUUUAUACAGAAUGGGAAAAUUUAAAAAAGACGGCAGACAUGGACGUUGGUCAAGUUAGUUUUCACAAUCCCAAGAAAAUUAAAAUUAUCAAAGUGGAGAAAAGGCAAAAUGAUAUCAUAAAUAGAUUAAACAAAACAAAAACAUCAAAGUUUCCAGACCUUCAACUUGAGAGAGAACAAAGAGACCAGAAAGAGAGACAACAACAAAAGCAGAUUCUGCGCAAGGAAAAAGAAUUGGAAAAAGAGCUUGCAGCCAAGAGAGCGGAAGAAGCAAAGUUAAGAAGUUAUUCAUCACUUAUGACAGGAACAAUGCAAUCAAAUCAGGAUGAUGGUGAAGACUCUGAUGAUUUUAUGUGA